AUGGAGAAAAAGGAAGAUUCCGUCCAAGGAAAGCAGAGAAAUGAGGAGGAGGCUUGGCUGAGCUGCAGGAGUCCAGGGAAAUCAACUUUAUAUGGAACUCUGACCUCCCAAGGUUUGAGCCCAGAUGGAAUUCCUGAAAUUGUAGCCUCUGAAGGAUUCGAAGUCAGCAAAAUAACUAAGAAAAGUCUGCUUGUAUCCUGCCCGCGUGAAAACACCUUUACCAAAUUUCUGGCACCCUACACUACCUUCUCCAGGAUCCAUCAAAAAAGUAUCACCUGCCUUGACAUUUCUAGCGGAGGCGGGCUCGGAGUCUCCACCAGUGCUGACGGCACCAUGAAAAUUUGGCAAGCUGCUAACGGGGAAAUUAGAAGGAAUUUGGAAGGCCACGUGUACGAUGUGAAUUGCUGUCGAUUUUUCCCCUCGGGCAUUGUGGUGCUGAGCGGCGGGAUGGACGCCAGGCUGAAGAUCUGGUCUGCAGAAGACGGCAGCUGCGUCGCAACCUUUCAAGGGCACAAAGCAGGAAUCCUGGACACGGCCAUUGUGGAGCGGGGUAGGAACGUGGUCUCCAGCUCCCGGGAUGGCACAGCGUGCCUUUGGGAUUGCGGUCGAUCAACUUGCCUGGGAACUGUGGCCGAUUGUGGGUCUCCAGUCAAUGGGAUUGCCCUGAAUGAAACAGACAACUCCUUAAACUUGGGCUCCCCUGAAAAUGUUCCCAGUGAACGGGAGGUUGGCACGGAAGGAAAGCUUUUGCUGUUGGCUCGGGAGGACAAAAAGCUGCAAGGCGUGGGGUUACAAAGCAGGCAGCCGGUUUUUCUUUUUAUAGGUUCUGAUGCUUUCAACUGCUGCGCCUUCCUCUCGAACGUGUAUCUCCUGGGCGGGACGCAAGAUGGGAAUAUAUACCAGCUGGAUGUCAGAAAUACCAAAGCUCCCGUUCGAGUGAUCCACAGAUCAGGUGCCCCCGUCCUUUCACUGAUGCCUUACAAAGAUGGAUUUGUUGCCAGCCAAGGUGACGGGACUUGUUUUAUUAUGCAGCAAGAUCUUGAUCACGUUCUUGAGCUCACUGGCCCCGACUGUGACCCCGUGUACAAGGUGGCAACGUGGGGAAAAGAAGUAUAUAUAUGCUGCAGAGAUGGGAUAGUGAGGCGAUACCAGCUUUCAGAUCUCUGAUCAGCCUGGAAUGUUCGAUACCGGACUGCGAAUGCUGGAUUUAGUUCAGGGAUUACUUUAAAAGACCAUUUCAGAAGGAGCCAACAUGGUGCCAGGUUUCUAGACCUUUAUACUGCCGCUUGAACGAAGAUAAUAGGUAUGCCUUUAGGAAGACCCCGCCAAGGGCUGAACUGAGUCUUCCUGCUGAGACAGGCCCAGCACCCUUGAAAACGUUCCCUGUUUUCCUGCCCCGAGUAGCCAGGAAGGUUUGUUGCCAUUAAAGACCACCUUGUAUUUGGAAAAGCA